UCUCCCGCUCGAAGGAAAACGGAGAGAGAAUGGGAAAGUGCUGAAUGGGACAGAAGCCGUGCCGGGCACCUGCCUGCCACCCAGCGCCGCGCAGCCGCCCGCGGCAAGGGCCGGUACCGCCGCGCUCCCCGUGGCCGCGCGGGGUCAGGAGCCUCCGGACGCCGCCGGCUGCGCUUGUCAGUGCCCCGCUCCGCCGGGGAGAGACUCCCGCGCCGGCCAAGGAUUUUUAGAGCACCUCAGAUGACGUCCCAAGCGGAUGAUUAACUUCACAAUGGCAGAACUCACAGUGGAGAAUGGCAACUGUAUGGACUGGCAAAAGCGAUGCCUUGCUUUGGAGUCCCAGCUAUUCAAAUUCCGCUUGCAGGCAAGCAAGAUCCGAGAGCUGUUAGCUGAGAAGAUGCAGGAAUUGGAACAGAGAGUGAUAGAAGCAGAGCAAAGAGCUGAGGAUGCAGAGAAACAGGUCAGAGUUAUGGAAGAGAAGAUAAAACUAGCCAAUGUGAAGACUGGUGAAUCAGACAGCACUCUGCACAGGAAAUAUCAAGAGCUGAUGGGCACAGUGCAAGGAAAGCAAGAUCUGAUCAACAGAUUGGAGACACAGCUAGCAAAACAGAAACAGUUGAGGACUGAGGAAGCCAAAAUUGUUCAAGAGAAAGCUGCCAAGAUCAAAGAGUGGGUAACGUUUAAGCUGAGAGAGCUUGAGCUAGAAAAUUACCACCUGAAAAACUGUAAUCAGAGGCUGACGGAGCAAAUUGAAGCCCUUCAGGAUACAUUGCAAGAUAUGACCAGCAUUCCUCCCUUUGAAUCUCUUUGGAGCUGUAAUUCUCUGAAGCCCAGAGCAUCAGAGGCCUCUUUUGCUGAGAAGAUAAACCAAAAAUCUGUGCUCCUUGCACCUGGCUUCAGACAGGUGUGUCAGACAGGACCUACCAAACAUGUCCUCUCUACAGCAAACAUAGUUGUUGCCAAUGACACCUUUACUGAGGAUGGAGAGGAUAAAUCUCUGCUUUCGCAGAGCACGCUGAAGCUCGUGUCUGACCCAUCAAGCUGGAAUCUCUCCACAGAGAAAGAUGUAUUCCCAGCCGUAAAUUCUGAACACAGGUUAGGGUGCUCUCAUCCCACGUCACUGGACCCUCCAGCUGAGGCCACAAGAAUCCUUGAGGCUUUCACUUUUCAGUCAUCUUUGGAAGGAAACCACAGCACUGUGAGCACCUUGCAACAAGUGGCUUUGGACAGCACCCGCUUCUCUGAUGAUCUGAGUGCCAGGUUCCGCUCCCACCGGCUAGACUCCUCUUCCUCAGGAGAAAUAAUGAGCAUGCUUGAGGGCCGUCUCCAAACUGCUGAGCCACCCCUGGUUGUGUCAACAUCAGCUGUUACAGCACAUUCCUUCUGUCCAGGGAGGGAAUGUGGUCUUGGCAGUAGUAUGACCUUUCCAAAAAUACGAACUCCCAAUACACCAAGAGACAGUAUCCAACUAGCCAAGAGACAUUACAGCCAACCACAGCCAGGGGCUAAUUCUUUCCAUCGUGUAAUGAGCUUAGAAGCUAGCACCUUCCAGCCCAUAUCAGACUCUCCAGUCUGCCAUGGGCAAGUGAAGGAGACAGACAUUGAUGAUGAUGAUGGGGUACUGGAGAAGAUGGAGACAGAACGUGACCCGGUGAGGGAAGAAGCUGGACCAUGUGAGGAAAUCAACCACUUAUCUUCAGGGCAAAGAAAAGCUGUGAGUUCUGAAGCUGGCAUACUUGACCCAGGAAGCAAACCUCCCACGCCACCGCUGCACAGAUUCCCAUCAUGGGAGGGUCGAAUCUAUGCUGUGGCCAAGUCUGGCAUGAGGUUGUCUGAAGUGGCCACGGUGAAUGAUACUUCCAGCUGCUUUUCCAAUUUUUCACAUUCAACUUCUGGGCCAUUUACCUGUCUCAUCUACAGAAAUGUCACAGUGCCAGUCUACACUACGCUGAAGGGGAAAGCCACACAGAUCAGCAACGUGCCUUUCUUAGAUGAGUCUUCAGGCUCUGAUGAUGACUGUGGCUCCCAUGCCAGCUUCAGGACUUCUACUGCUGGAUCUGAGAACAGGAAAGCUAGCAUGCCAGGCAGCCCUCGUGCCAUGAAGAGAGGUGUAUCUAUGUCCUCACUGAGCUCCGAGAGUGACUAUGCCAUCCCUCCUGAUGCCUGCUCCUUGGAUGGUGACUAUUCAGAGCCAGAGCAUAAGCUACAGCGAACAUCCUCCUAUUCCACUGAUGGUGGAAUCUGCACUGAACCCAUGGAGAAAUCAGGUUACUUGCUGAAAAUGGGCAGCCAGGUGAAGAUGUGGAAGAGACGAUGGUUUGUUCUAAGAAACAGACAAAUCAUGUACUACAAGUCUCCGAGUGACAUUAUCCGCAAACCACAAGGACAGAUGGAGCUGAAUUCCUCGUGCCAAAUUGUCAGAGGUGAAGGGUCUCAAACAUUCCAGCUCAUGACAGAAAAGAGAACCUACUUCCUGACAGCAGAUUCUCCCAACAUCUUGGAGGAAUGGAUUCAUGUCCUACAGAGUAUCCUGAGAGUGCAAGUGACCAGUCCUGUUGGUGUUCCUCACAGUGAUGCUAAGCCUACUGUGAAAGGUUGGCUCACCAAGGUCAAGCAUGGUCACUCUAAGCUGGUCUGGUGUGCACUGAUUGGAAAAACUUUCUACUACUAUCGAAAUCAUGAAGAUAAGUGUCCCCUAGGGCAUCUGCCUAUGCGUGAGUCCAAAGUGGAAGAAGUAGACCGUUCCUGUGACUCUGAUGAAGAUUAUGAAGCCACUGGUGGAGGACUUCUUUCAUCCCACUGUACACUGCUUAUUCACCCACAGGACCAGAGUCCCACAUACUUACUCAUUCGCACAAAACAGGAGAAGAAUACCUGGCUGUACCAUCUGACCGUAGCAGCUGGUAGCAGUAGUGCCACGGUGGGCACAUCAUAUGAACAACUCAUUGGAAAACUAUUGGAUGCAGAGGGAGACCCUAAUUCUCCUCUGUGGAAACAUCCCAUGUUGUGCUACAGUAAAGAUGGGUUGCACACAUCCCUCACCACUCUGCCAUCAGAGGCUCUACAGACUGAAGCUCUGAAACUUUUUAAGUCCUGUCAGCUGUUCAUCAAUGUCCCUGUGGAGGCACCCUCUAUUGAUUACCACGUGUCACUUGCCCAGACAGCACUGCAGGUCUGCCUGACACAUACUGAGCUGCAGAAUGAAAUUUACUGUCAGCUUGUUAAACAGACCAGCUGCCGACAACCCCAGAACCACUCAGUCAUUCAGUGCUGGCAACUCCUGGCUUUGUGCGCUCCUCUCUUCCUGCCUCAACAUCACUUCCUCUGGUACAUCAAACAGCACUUGCAGCGACAUGCAGACCCCAGGAGUGAAAUAGGCAAGUAUGCCAUCUACUGCCAGAGAUCAGUAGACCGCACUGUGCAGACUGGCGAGCGGGAAGCCAAGCCCUCCCGGAUGGAGAUUGUGUCCAUCCUGCUGAGAAAUCCCUACCACCACUCACUCCCUUUCAGCAUCCCAGUGCACUUCAUGAACGGAACCUACCAGGUUGUAGGUUUCGAUGGUUCCUCGACAGUUGAUGAAUUCAUCCAGCGACUGAACCAGGAGACAGGAAUGAGGAAGCCAUCCCACAUGGGAUUUUCUCUGUUCACAGAUGAUCCUUCUGGCAGGAAUUUGGAGCAUUGUCUGCAGGGUAACAUGAAGAUCUGUGAUGUCAUUUCUAAAUGGGAACAAGCCUUAAAAGAAUUGCAUCCCGGGAAGUAUGAAGGUGGCACAAGAAUUGUGAAGUUGACCUAUAAGAACAGGCUAUAUUUUCGGAGCCAGGCCAAAGGUGAGACAGACCGGGAGCGGUUGCUACUGGCCUUCCAAGUCAGCAAUGAAAUAGCCAAUGGAAGGUUUCCUGUUAAUAAGGAAUUAGCUCUGGAAAUGGUGGCUCUGAUGGCUCAGGUGGAAUAUGGGGAUUUGGAUCGUCCAGGAUCUUCAGGUCCUGGGGGAACAUCACAACUGAAAAUGCAGCAUCUUCUCCACCAGGUCUUAGAUAAAUUCUACCCCAAACGCUACAAGCAAAACAGUACUCCUGAACAGCUCAGGCAACUGGCUGACAGGCUGGCGACGAAGUGGAUGGUGCUGCAGGGAUGCUCUCCACCAGAAUGCAUUCGAAUUUAUUUGACGGUGGCCCGGAAAUGGCCUCUCUUUGGAACCAAAAUAUUUGCUGCUAAGCCCAUUUUGCCUUCCUCAUUGGAAGACUGUCCAGUCUGGAUAGCUGUGAAUGAAGAUGGCAUCAGCAUACUGGAUUAUAACACUAUGCACUUGAAGGUCUCUUAUUCAUACUCCUCUGUGCUGACCUUUGGAGGCUGUCGAGAUGACUUCAUGAUUGUAGUCAGUCAAAUGAAAGAAAGGAGUUCUGGAAAAAACAGCACUGAAAAACUUCUUUUCACAAUGGCAAUUCCAAAGAUUGUUGAAGCAACACUUCUUAUUGCCAGCUAUAUUAACUACCGUUCGACACCUUCACUCCUAUCUUCUACACAGCCCUCCCGAAGCAAAACACCUGCUAACAAGCUCUGGGAGACUGAAAGUCAGGGCUUUUUUCCUUCCGUGCCUCGAAGCACUAAGGCACCCACCCUGCUCUGAGGGCUCAUUCCAAAUUACUUUAGGGAUUUUGGGGUGGGGUUUUGGUGCAAUUUUGGGGUGGAUUUUUUUUUUUUGUACUGCUCUGUACUGAAUUGCAGACUGCUAUGAUUUUGCUGGUUACACACCUUACUUUAAUGAGGGCUCUGAUUCUUUUUCCAUAAUAAUAGACAAAGUUUCUUAGUGUGGGUAGAGGCAGUGUCCCUUCUCUUAAAAAAUGUUGAUUUUGGGGACUGUGCAGGAGUUUCCUUUCCAUGCCACACUCCAUCCAAAAUACCAUGCCUCAGGUCAUUUGCCUGCACAGUGCUCUAGUCACAUUAGCUCUCCUGCUGUGUUUCCCUGCACCCAUUCUUCUUCCAUGUCCUGAUCUUAGUGCUUUGAUACAAGCACAUGUGUUUUCUUUGAUCCAUCCCAUUUUCAGUUUUGCACCUGCCUUUAGAUCACUGCACACCCUGUGUCUGGAAUCUCAGUCCAGCUCUUAACACUCCUAGUGACCUCUUUUUCUCAUCAUAGUCCCUUUCAGUUAUUAUCAUUUCCUGUAAUCUUCUGUUUGCACCAAUCCCUAACUUGCUCACUUUUUACUUGAAUCAGACUGCAACCUCUGCAAGGCAGAUUUGAGUGGUCUAUAGGCUUGAAUCUGACUGCAGUGGGCUGAGGGCAGUAAAAACAGGUGGUUAUGGCUGCUGUGGCAUGUGGCAUGAACCCUGUACAAGGAUGCAUCCUGUUGAAUACUGCCUGUAUUAGGAGCUGCAUAUCACUGCAUCAUAAACUAGAUAUACACUGAAAAGGCUAUUACCAGAGCGUAAAGAUUAACAUGACCUGGUCUGAUCGGGUAGUUUAGACGUAACUUCAGCUCUAUGCUCUGGCUGUGAAUAGCCAUCAUAUUAAAUUUUAAAUUCAAUGUUGCCACUCCCAGAACCACUAUUAAAAUAGUCUUUUUGCAGAGUCUAUAAUAGUUUUUAUGCAACUGCUUAACACAACCAACACGACAAUUUAAAUUGCCUUAAAGCUAUAACGACUCCUCCCUGAGACUGAUGCUAAAAGUGAAAGACAGAAACUUUCCAAGUGGUUGCUCCAGGUGUGAAAGAAAGACACUGUUGAGAAGGAAGAGGAACUAAACUGACAAGAAUAAUUCCGAUGCAAGCCAAGGGUAAUUUCAGACCUGAUGUAGGGAGUCAGAGUUCAGUGGUACUCAAGAAUAUUUUCAACUUGAACUAAAGGUGGAAACCUAGUGUCUUUGCACGUCGAGGACUCAGAACGACUGUUCCAGUCCCGGUGUCAGAUGAUGCCCCAGCUCCUACAGGACUGCUGCAUUGCAGGAGUCGACACUCUUCUGCACAAUAGGUGAACGUUAGAUCUCUGCUGCAGGGCUGAAUGUGUCACGUGCUCCACCAUCAGACAAGCACUCUCAAAGACUCUUUCUCUUAAUCACUGUUGCAGAUGUUUCAGGAUGGGUUUGAAACUGCACAUAAUCUCAGACAAAGGAAGACAAGGCAAGCAAAUCUUGUACUUUUUCUGUCUUUCAGCAACUGGAAGAGAUCUUCCCUAGCCCCCAAACCAGCUCUGCCAUUCUGACUUGACAGAGGCUGCGCCUUUCAAACUCCUGCUUCCUUCAUGCUACCAUAGCAAGGAGGAGGUAGUCAGCAACUGUGUGCUCAAGUAUUGUUCUUUGGAUUUUUCUAAAGAAUGUUUGGGGUUUUUUUGAUCUGUUGCAAAGGUUCUUUGUUAUGCUAGAGAAGGUUAAUGGAUUUUAAACAAAUAAAAGAAAAAUAGCAAUUCUUCUUGAAAAAUCUAAAUCGACUUGGCUUGAGUUCAGCUAUUUUGAUAAGCAUUCUAAAAAAGCUGAGAAAGAAUAACUUUAGUUUCAAAAGUACCAUGUGUAACUUCAUAACAAUUAUGCAUUCAUGGGCAACUUUCCCAAAUUAAAACAGUGUGAAUCCAACCAUUAGAAAGAAUUCAGCAAUAGCAAACCAAAGCUAUUUGCAAAUGAACAAACCAACCAUACCAGUGGCUUUACUCUCUAGUACCUGCCACCAACCUUGAAAUAGCCAGUGAAUGCACACAGUGGUGUUGAUACUUCAGGAAGUUUUUGUUUCACGCUUCUGGUGGGUGCAAAGCCACAAAUGAAGAAAACAUGGGACAGCAAAAAAAAAAUCAUUCUAAGCAAUCCUUUAUCAGCAUCUUUGUAACAUUAAGAAAAAAACAACCCAAACAAAACAAAAACCCCAACAACAACAACAAACCCACAACCCAAACCAUCCCAUGGUGGGUUGUGGAAACAAUCUGGCAGACAUAAGGCAGGAAAAGAUUAUAUGAACAGAGACCUGAUUUGCACAUCUUGUAAUGUACCCACUUGUUAUGAAUUUAAGGACCAUCCCUUGAAGUUACAGAAAAGGGUGGAAGCUUUCUGAGCCAAAAACAAUUUUGAGAAGGUAUUUAGUCUUUUUCCUUAGGUACUUUUAAAUGACUAUAUAUCCUGAUAGAGUGGUCAGUAGUAUGUAUUUCCUCUUUCUCUCACACGCACACACACAUAGAAUCAUCUUAGUAUAGAUACGUCAGUUUGAAUACAGGGAGUAUUAUUCCUCCUCCCUCCCCUGUGCUUCACAAUUCCCCCUGCACCUGAGGGUCUGUUUGGCAGCCUGCUUCUUCUAUCCCCCCCCAUAACAAAGCUGCUUCAGCAUAAGCUGAGCUGUCGUCGGUGCUGGGGAAGCUCAAGGCAUGGAAGUCUCCAGUUCACAGUUCAGGGGCUGUAAUCACCUUACCAUGCUAACACUCAUGUCCUUAGAGGCUUGUACCAGGGCAAACAAGAAGCAGAGGUGUUGAAUACGCAAGACUAUCCUGAAGCUUAUUUUCUGUCAUAACUGCACUUUAAAUUGAGAAGCAUGGCAUAUAGAACUUUUUUUUCUUAUUUCUUAAAUGUAUUCACCAAUACCUGAGUAUUUCAGGGACGACGCCACUCUGAUGGAUGCACAUAUACCUCCUAUUUAUAGCUUACCUGACUUCAAACAAACAAAACCCCCUGUGUAGAUAUCUAUUUUGUAUGAUUCUUUGGUAGAGAAAACAAUUUUUAUUUUAAUCAAUGCUUUUGGCAAUGACUAUUGCUGCAGCAUAGAAUGAGAUGACAAAAGCCUUUGUUUUCCUAACUGCUGUGUGUAUGUAAAAGGCUGUCUGGGAGAUACUGUGAAAUUUUUGUUCUUAAUAAAAUGCAGUUAUGAAUUAAACUGUAGUGUUUUCAGAGUGAAAUAAACUAUUCUAAAAGCCAAAACAGUCUCGAUGUAAACAAAAAUGGACAAAGAUUGUGUUUGGUAUCCAGGCACGUAACUGGUGCAAACCUGCCCUAGUCUGACUCCUUGUUUCUCUCUGCUGAUCUUCUCUCAGCUUUAGCAGAUGACUAAAGCGCACUCUCACGGGCACAGGAUGUUCAUGCCUUCAAAAGAUGGCUAAAACAAUCUUCCAGACUUCCUCCUGUGACACAGCUACUUGGU